GCAUCUGGGAAGCAUCCUACGACAUUGCCUUGAUAAUGCCCCGUGCCUCCUCAAUACCAAAAUUUUAUUCACCUGCCUGCAAUUGCAACCGCCAGACAGGAAGUCGCUUGUAUUUCCCCGUGUUCACACCCGAACGGGACAACGACACAACAGACCAACCGCCACCAAACCACCACCAAGACUACUACAGUGAGCGUUUGCAAUCUUGGGAAGCUCCCAAUCCGGCAACAUGGACUACGAGGCCCUCAAGGAGCAAUGGAGCGAGGUCGAGGAUCGCGAUGGAGUCCGUCUCAGCUGGAAUGUAUUUCCAAGCUCUCGCAUGGAAGCUUCACGUCUCGUCGUCCCCAUCGGCGCUCUCUACACCCCCCUCAAGGAGAAACCCGACACACCUAUCCUGCAGUUUGAGCCCGUUACCUGCAAGCAGCCAUGCCGCUCUGUAUUGAAUCCAUUCUGCCAGGUAGACGUUCGAGCUCGACUGUGGAUAUGUCCCUUCUGUCUGUCGAGAAACCCCCUACCGCCGCACUACAAGGACAUCACGGCGAACGCAAUCCCUCCAGAGCUGCACCCCUCCAACACCACUAUUGAGUAUCGGCUCUCUCGCCCGGCCCCCAGUCCCCCCAUCUUUCUCUAUGUCGUUGAUACGUGCCAGGAGGAGGACAGCCUCGCUGCGCUCAAGGAAUCUCUGGUCAUGAGUUUAAGUCUCCUCCCGGAGACUGCGCUCGUCGGCCUGAUAACCUACGGUACAAUGGCCCAAGUCCACGAGAUCGGCUACACUGAGUGCGCCAAGUCGUAUGUCUUCCGCGGUAGCAAGGAUUACUCGGCCAAGCAAGUACAGGAAAUGCUCGGUUUAUUGGCACCCACCAUCAGACCGGGCAUGCCUCAGCAACAGCCCGGCCGCCCCAUAAUGCCAAUGGGCCCGGCCUCUCGAUUCCUCUUGCCGGUGCAGCAAUGCGAGUUCCAGCUCACCAAAGCCCUGGAACAACUGCAAAAAGAUCCCUGGCCUGUUGCCAACGAUAGGCGUAACUUGCGCUGUUCGGGAGUUGCGCUGAGCGUUGCCGUCGGCCUGCUCGAGUCCUCAUUUCAGAAUGCCGGAGGCCGUAUCAUGUUGUUUGCUGGAGGCCCUGCUACCGAGGGUCCUGGAAUGGUAGUCGGCCCCGAGCUGAGGGAGCCAAUCCGGUCCCAUCACGAUAUUGACCGUGAUAAUAUUAAGUACUACAAGAAGGCCCUCAAAUUCUACGACAACCUCGCCAAGCGAACCGCCCACAAUGGUCACAUCAUUGACAUCUUCGCCGGCUGUCUGGACCAGGUUGGCUUGCUAGAGAUGAAGGGGCUGUGUAAUUCUACCGGCGGCCACAUGAUCCUGACGGACAGUUUCACCUCGUCCAUGUUCAAGCAGUCCUUUAUCCGCAUAUUCGAAAAGGAUGCAGAUGACAACCUGCUGAUGGGUUUCAACGCUGUGCUCGAAGUUCUUACCACCAAGGAGCUCAAGGUAACGGGGCUCAUCGGACAUGCCGUCUCAUUGAACAAGAAGUCGACUUCAGUGGGAGAGACAGAGUGUGGCAUUGGUAACACAUGCUCGUGGAAGAUGUGCGGCAUCGACCCAACCGCCAGUUAUGGCGUUUACUUUGAAAUUGCAAGCCAAGGUGGCCCCGCCCAGCACCAGCAAGGGCAACAAAAAGGCAUGAUGCAGUUCCUGACGUAUUAUCAACACUCGAGCGGCCAGUUUCACCUGCGUGUAACCACGGUGGCGAGGAAUUUGAGCGGGCCCGCUGGCGAUCCCGCCAUCGCUCAGUCUUUCGAUCAGGAAGCAGCCGCGGUGCUCAUGUCCAGAAUCGCCGUCUUCAAGGCCGAGGUCGACGACGGCCCGGACGUGCUCCGCUGGGUUGAUCGCAUGCUUAUUCGCCUGUGCUCUAGAUUUGCAGACUAUAGGAAGGAUGACCCCUCGUCUUUCAGAUUGGAGAAGAAUUUCACUUUAUACCCCCAGUUCAUGUUCCAUCUCCGUCGAAGUCAGUUCCUCCAGGUUUUCAAUAACUCACCCGACGAGACGGCUUUCUAUCGUCACGUCAUGAACCAUGAGGAUGUCAGCAACUCCCUCGUCAUGAUCCAGCCCACGCUGGAUUCCUACACUUUUGACCAGGAAGGCGGCCAACCGGUUCUUUUGGAUUCGACGUCAAUUCAACCUACACAUAUUCUGCUUCUCGAUACCUUCUUCCACAUCCUUAUUUUCCAUGGUGAGACCAUUGCGGAAUGGAAGAAAGCAGGCUACCAGGAUCAAGAGGGCUACGAGAAUUUCGCAGGGCUACUCGAGCAGCCAAAGGAGGACGCAAGGGACCUGAUUAGUGACCGGUUCCCUCUCCCUCGAUUCAUUGUUUGCGAUGCGGGUGGCUCGCAGGCUCGAUUCUUGCUGUCCAAGCUCAACCCCUCCACAACUCACACGACAGGUGCCUAUGGUGGUGUAGGAGCUCAGACGGCGCAAACCAUCUUUACCGAUGACGUGUCCCUCCAGACUUUCAUGGACCACCUGAUGAAGCUGGCGGUCAGCGGCACAAACUAGAUGGUAGCUGGAGUGGAAUUAGGCUUGAGAUGCAUUCCUGUUAAAAUGCGGGGGAAGUGAGGGGGGGCUGGUGCUUGGCAUGAUUAUGAUGGAUGGCACACAGCUCAGCAUCGUCCUCGAGUGCCUAGGUAUUUUAGCCUAGUUAUAUGCAAUGGACAAGCCGGCCCAGCGGUGGGAGACGAUCUUUCGAAAGUUUCAAACCCCUACACUGAUUGAAACCCCCAUAGUAGGCAAGCAUCAUUGCCGACUAUCCACGCAUACUCUGGGGGCCUAUGAGUAAGUCCUUUGGGAAAUCAUAAUGAUGGGUCUAUGUAACGGCAUUGUUAAAAUAUAUGAGAGCUGAGAAAAUUGAGAACACCAUGAACCCCGGCCUCCAACGUUUACUUGUCCAGGUAUGAGGCAUGUACUUUGUGUUUCAGGAGAGCGUAUGGCGUUCCAAGGUACCUAGGUACUUGAAUUG